CCUUUCUCAGGUGCUGAGAUGACAUUAGUGUGCUUUGUCUUUCUGCUGAUGAGUAACGCUGCUUCAGUCUCCACACAGUUUAAUGGAUACAACUGUGACGCCAGCUACCACAGCAGGUUUCCUGGCGAGCGGGACAUCAGUGUAUACUGUGGUGUUCAGACCAUCACCUUAAAGAUCAACUUCUGCCCCGUGCUGUUCUCCGGCUACACAGACACAGAUUUGGCCCUGAACGGCCACCACAGUGAUGCCCAAUGCCGUGGCUUCAUCAACAACAACACCUUCCCCACAGCGGUCCUGUUCAGCAUCAGUCUCAGCACUCUGGAGGCCUGCGGUAACAGCCUUGUGGUCAGCACUGCAUACGGGGCCAAUGCCUAUGGGAACAUGUCUCUGGUACAAAUUGGGAAUGUCUCAGGCUACAUCGACACCCCUGACCCGCCGGCUAUAAUCAGCUACCUGCCCGGCCUGUUGUAUAAAUUCAGCUGCAGCUACCCGCUGGAGUACCUGGUCAAUAACUCACAGCUGGCAUCCUCAUCUGCUGCUGUAUCUGUCAAGGAGAGCAACGGUACAUUUGUGAGCACGUUGAAUAUGAUCCUGUACAACGAUUCAACCUACAAUCAACCCUUGUCUAUUCCAAUGGCUGGACUGGCUCUGAAAACCAGAGUCUUUGCUGCUGUGAAAGCCACAAACUUAGACAAACGGUGGAACGUCUUGAUGGACUACUGUUACACUACCCCCUCAGGGAAUCCUAAUGAUGAACUUCGCUAUGACCUUUUCUUUGGCUGCUACAAAGACCCACAGACGACAGUUUUUGAGAAUGGGAAGAGUCAGAUGGGUCGAUUUUCCUUCGAGGUUUUUCGUUUUGUUAAACACAGACACCAGAAGAUGUCAACUGUGUUUCUGCACUGCGUCACCAAGCUCUGCCGGGCAGAUGAUUGCAUCAUGCUCAUGCCGAUUUGUGCGAGACGACGUAGGCGGGAUGGAGAGGAGGAGAGCAUUGAAUCCCCACCAGUUGCAUCUGGGAACGCUAUCAUCACAGCUGGACCAAUCAUCACCAGGAGUGAUGAAACUCCUGUCAACAACUCCCAACUUGCAUCCGGGAACCCCUCACAACCAAUGAACCCAGUGACCAGCGCUCUAAUCUCAGGCGUGGUCAUCCUGGGCGGGGUCAGUGUGGGCUUCUCGCUUCUGUCGGUCCGCCUCCUACAGAAGUCCCGCCUCCCAACAACCACGGCCUCAGGUGUUUGGAACCCCACCUUUAAAUGA